GUUUUACCCGAUGGAUCAGAUUCAGCACAAGUACGUUGAUGUAAGAGGACUGAAGCUCCACAUCGCUGAUAUCGGAACAGGUCCUUCAGUAGUGGUGUUCUUGCAUGGAUUUCCUGAGAUAUGGUAUUCAUGGCGGCACCAGAUGAUUGCUGUUGCAAAUGUUGGAUUCCGUGCCAUUGCACCUGAUCUGAGGGGUUAUGGACUGUCUGAACAGCCCACUGAACUUGAAAAAGCAUCCUUCACUGACUUUGUCCAUGAUCUGUUGGCAAUCCUAGAUUCCUUUGGAAUUCCCAAGGCUUUCCUGGUUGGGAAAGAUUUCGGAGCUUGGCCUGUGUAUUUGUUUGCUCUCUUCCAUCCGGAAAGGGUUUCAGGAAUUGUAUCAUUGGGCGUGCCCUUCUUUCCUCGGAGACCCAAUGCAUUUGAUAGCCUACCAGAGGGCUUCUACAUUAACAGAUGGAAGGAACCUGGACGAGCUGAGACAGAUUUUGGCCGCUUUGAUGUUAAAACAGUACUUAGGAACAUAUAUAUUCUCUUCUCCAGAAGUGAAAUUCCAAUUGCAGAGAGAGAUCAAGAGAUCAUGGACAUGGUGGACUCAUCUACUCCCCUACCGGCUUGGUUCACAGAAGAUGAUCUCCAGGCCUAUGCAACAUUAUAUGAAAAAUCAGGAUUGACUGUUCCAUUACAAGUGCCAUACAGGUCACUCAAAGGGUCCCCCACUAUAACUUACCCAAAAGUUGAAGUUCCAGUGCUGCUCAUCAUGGGAGGGAAGGAUUACUUCCUCAAAUUCCCAGGGAUCAAUGACUACAUAUCAAGCGGAAAGGUGAACGAAUAUGUCCCUGAUUUAGAGAUUACAUUCUUGCCUGAAGGAACCCAUUUCAUUCAGGAACAAUUCCCAGAGCAGGUGAAUGAACUGAUCACCACAUUCCUUAUCAGUCAUACCAUUUCCUAAGAUAUCACAAUAAAUUUAC